GCUCUCUAUGACGCCCUCUCGGCGCUACACACGGCCCGCCUGCCCACCCACCUGCCUGCCUGCGCUGUCAAGAUUCAGCUGGCCCAAACCGCCCUGCACAAACUCAAGACCUCCAUUCCCCCGCCCGGCCCCACUGCUGUAGGAGAGGGAGGAGACGAGGGAGAGAAAGGAGAGGGGGGAGAGCGGGUGCGGACGGAGGAGGGGGGGAGUGGGGGGAAGCAGACGGCGUCAGGGAGGGCGGCGCCAGGCAUGUGUCCCGCUAUCAACACCCACCUGCUGCCGCCCACGCCGCCCCGUCCCACACACCUGCUGACAUGGCACGAGGCUCUGGACCAUUUCUCUCGUCUGCUAACCCAUCUCGCAUUCAUCUCCCACCUGCCGUCCACCUCGCUGCCCGACCUGCUGGAGCUCUCGCGCUUCCUCACCCACUUCCGCGCCCUCAACCCCGGCCCCGUUGCCCGUGCUGCCCUGCAGCUGCUGCUACUCCGAGACGGGCUUAUUCUCGGCCACGACCCCACAGACGUCAUCAUGCACUCGCUGCACCUGCCGCCCACCCUGCUGCCGCCGGCUGGAGCUGCUGCAGGUGGUGGCAGUGGCAGUGGUGGCGGUGGCAGUGGUGGUGCUGGCGGUGCUGGUGGUGGUGGUGGGGAAGCGGGCUCCAGUGCGGCUUUAGGGAAAUUUAUCAAGAAGGCGUCGCAUGCAGUGCAGGCGGUGCUAAGGGCGCAGUGCAGCAACGGGGCGAGGGAGAGGCGCAUGCUCGCCAAGCUGCUGCCCGACUGGAGCCACCUCCUCUCGCUCGCUGGCGACGUGGACGCAUGUGAUGCCGUGGAGCGCUACACCAUUGCCAAUUUUGCUCAGGGGUGGUGGAGGGAGAGUGUGGCGACCAGCUGGGUGGUGGAGCACACGUGUCGCAUCGUCAUUCGCUAUCUGCAGCUUGGCUUCUCCACGCGCCUCUAUGCGCCCUCUGAGUUCCUCUCCGCCUUCUGGUACCUCGACAGUGUGCUGGCCACGCUCAUCCACAACGUGUCUGCCCGGGAAGCUUCAUUGCAGAAGCCUUUCACAGCGCCUUCCUCCCGCAAGGCUCGGCGCAAGCCAGCAGCAGCCCAGCCCCCCUCGCCCCCACCGCCCUCGCUUGAUUUGGCGCUGCUCUCUGCCUACCAGCUACUCUGCAAGGCCUACGUGCGGCUACUCGCUGCAUUCGUCCUGGAUGGCAAGCUGCACCAGCGGCGCCCCUCGCCCUUCAACACCGAUCGCCAGCGCUACCAGCAGCGCUACGCGGUGCUCAAGAGGGUGCAGCUGCCCGAGCCGCUCUCCUACGCCGCCUUUCAACGUGCCGUCUCCCCUGCCGGCCUCUCUGUCCCGGAGCUAUACCAGAUGUCGCUUGACUUUUUUCGCACUACUGCCACCAACCUGCCCACCAUCCACUCCCUCGCAGCGGCUGCUGCACCUGCGGGCACAGCAGGGGCGAGCGAAGCAGUGGAAGGGGAGGUGCAGCAGCUGGAGCGCGUGUGUGCCAGCAACGCCACGGCGCUCUUUGUCGCGCACCGAGCAGGCGCAGGGCCGCCACCAACCUGCCCACCAUCCACGCAUUCACAGCAGUGA